AUAUAAAAGUACCAAUAUUUGAUGCUGAGUUACUCUUAGAACUCCCCCAUUUUCCAUUUGCAAAGACAUUUGCUUUUAGUGUCAACGAGUUGAACAAAAUUUCUGGUUACCUUUAUGAGUUUCCCAUUUCGUUGCGUGAACUUUGUGCUGCAAUUGGCCACGGCGUUGCUAGAGGUUAUCGCCCUGGUCCUGCUCAUCCAAAUCCUGUUCACCCACUGUGUUCGGGGCCAGGAAUACGGGAUAACGGUAUGGAUGUACAUCUUUUUCCUGCCACCCAUUGCCCUGCAGAGUGUGGUGCUCGUCAUAUUCCGGCUGUGCUGCACCACCGUGGGCCUCGAUCCAAUUGCGAUGACGUUCAAUCUGACCAGCGGCCUCGUCUGCAUAGCAUGCGCCCUUACCCUGCUCAUAGCCAUGUCGGAGCACUGCGGCAACGAGUUCGCAUUCUUAUUCUAUUUAUCGAGUGCCUUUGGCAUAGUCGCAGGAGUCCUGCAUUUGCUGAAUGCCUGCGUGUGCAACGUGUUCAUGCCCCUCAGCGAAUGGUCUUACCUCAAGCCUUCGAAGAGGGAAAGGAAGAAGGCUUUGAAAAAAGAUUACGCUUAGGUGUAUAGGAUGAGCACAAGAUGGCUAAAAAUGUUUUCUUUUUAAUCAAUUUUAUAGAGCUUAGUACAGGCUUUUUGAAUUUUCAAUGUAGAUUGAAGUUCGUGAAGGUUCUUUUUAUACAAAUAAAAUAUCAAAAAGAUAAGGGAUACUUAGUAGAGAUUAUAUUAACAUGCUCGUCAGAUUAAUUGACAGCUUGCAAUCAUUUGGGCAUAACUUAAGUAGACUUUUAUUCAUUCUUAAACGCCUCUUUGGCUGCCAGACAGAGGCAAGGGAAAACAGUUUAGCUAUACAAGCCUUGAGUUUUCCGCAGACAAACCCA